CUGUGGGAUGUUCACUUCCUCCUCCUCAUCCUCCUCUACCUGUUAGGAGCCGUCACAUCGCAGGUCAACCCAGGUGUGUGUCGGUAUCCUCUGGGGAUGUCAGGAGGGCAGAUACAGGAUGAGGACAUCUCUGCCUCCAGCCAGUGGUCCGAAUCCACCGCUGCGAGAUAUGGCAGGCUGGACUUUGAGGAGGGUGAUGGGGCAUGGUGUCCAGAGAUAACAGUCGAGCCAGACAGCCUGAAGGAGUUCCUCCAGAUUGACCUGCGCUCACUCCACUUCAUCACCCUUGUGGGCACCCAGGGUCGUCAUGCGGGAGGCAUUGGUAAUGAGUUUGCCCAAAUGUACAAAAUUAAGUACAGCCGUGAUGGAAGCCGCUGGAUCUCAUGGAGAAACAGACAGGGCAAACAGGUGAUUGAUGGAAACACGAAUGCCUACGACAUCGUGCUCAAGGACCUGGAGCCGCCCAUCAUUGCUCGCUUUGUCCGCUUCAUGCCUGUCACAGACCAUUCCAUGAACGUAUGCAUGAGAGUGGAGCUCUACGGCUGUGAAUGGCUGGACGGUCUUGUGUCGUACAAUGCUCCCGCAGGAGAACAGAUGAGCAUGCCUUCUUACCCUGUUUAUCUCAACGACACUGUCUAUGAUGGAGCUGUCAUCUACAGUAUGACAGAGGGCUUGGGCCAGCUGACUGAUGGAGUGUGUGGCCAAGACGAUUUUUUGGACAGUCACGUUUACAAUGUGUGGCCAGGGUAUGACUACGUGGGUUGGAACAAUGAGAGCUUCCCCAGUGGAUAUGUUGAAAUCAUGUUUGAAUUCGACCGCACACGAAACUUCACCACCAUGAAGGUUCACUGCAACAACAUGUUCUCACGACAUGUCAAAGCCUUUCGUCAGGUGGUGUGUUACUUCCGCUCUGAAUCAGACUGGGAGGCCACACCGCUCUCCUUCAGCCAUGUGGUGGACGAAAAGAAUCUGAGUGCCCGUUUUGUCACAGUCAACCUGGCCAACCACAUGGCCAGUGCUAUCAAGUGCCAAUUCUACUUUGCUGAUGCCUGGAUGUUGUUCAGCGAGAUCACCUUUCAGUCAGAUACGGCCAUGUACAACACAACAUUGGCUCCACCCAAGACAGGGCUACCACCUAACAUCCCACCAGAAGAGGACCCAACUCACAAAGUAGAUGACAGCAACACCCGGAUUCUGAUUGGUUGUUUAGUGGCCAUCAUCUUCAUCCUUGUGGCCAUUAUUGUCAUUAUCCUGUGGAGGCAGGUGUGGCAGAAGAUGUUGGAGAAGGCCUCUCGCCGGAUGCUGGAUGAUGAACUAACUGCUAGUUUGUCAAUACAGAGUGAGACGUUUGUGUACAACCACAACCACAACCAGUCGAGUACAACCAGUGAACAGGAGUCUAACUCCACCUACGAGCGAAUCUUCCCCUUGGGCCCAGACUACCAGGAGCCCUCACGUCUCAUAUGCAAGCUGCCAGAGUUUACACAGAGUUCAGAGGAGGCUGGUAGCACAGCAGCCUCUAAAUCCACCACAUCUACUGCAGUCCAAGAUGGCGUCCCUCACUACGCAGAGGCAGACAUUGUAAACCUGCAAGGUGUGACUGGAAGCAACACAUAUGCCAUCCCUGCACUAACUAUGGACCUGUUGUCGGGGAAGGAUGUUGCAGUAGAGGAGUUCCCUCGAAAACUGCUCAUAUUCAAAGAGAAGCUAGGAGAGGGACAGUUUGGAGAGGUGCACCUGUGUGAAGCAGAGGGAAUGCAGGAGUUCAUGAAUAAAGAGUUUUUAUUUGACAUCCCUGAGGACCAGCCAGUUUUAGUGGCUGUGAAGAUGCUCCGUUCAGAUGCCAACAAAAAUGCAAGGAAUGACUUCUUGAAAGAGAUAAAGAUCAUGUCCCGUCUGAAGGACCCCAACAUCAUUCGCCUGCUUGCUGUAUGCAUCUACAGCGACCCUCUCUGUAUGAUCACAGAGUACAUGGAGAACGGAGACCUCAACCAGUUUCUGUCCCGCCACGAACCGGAGGGACAACUCGCUCAGCUCAGCAAUGCAUCUACAGUCAGCUUCAGUAAUCUUUGCUACAUGGCCACUCAGAUCGCAUCGGGGAUGAAGUACCUGUCCUCUCUAAACUUUGUUCAUCGAGACUUGGCCACGCGGAAUUGCCUGGUGGGCAAGAAAUACACGAUAAAGAUAGCUGACUUUGGUAUGAGCAGGAACCUGUACAGUGGUGACUACUACCGCAUCCAGGGCAGAGCGGUUCUACCGAUACGCUGGAUGUCAUGGGAGAGCAUCCUGCUGGGAAAGUUCACCACAGCCAGCGAUGUGUGGGCCUUUGGGGUGACCCUGUGGGAGAUACUCAACUUCUGCAAGGAGCAGCCCUAUUCUCAGCUCACUGAUGAGCAGGUGAUAGAAAACACAGGGGAGUUUUUCAGGGACCAGAAAAGACAGAUCUACCUGCCUCAGCCUGUGCUGUGUCCGGACUCGCUCUACAAGAUCAUGCUGAGUUGCUGGAGGAGGAACACGAAGGAAAGGCCGUCCUUCCAGGAAAUACACCGAGCCCUCCUGGAAAUACAGCCUUAAGGCCAGGGCAAUGUUUAAGACAGUGCUCAUCUCUGAGAGAAAUGGUGCAUGACAAGAGUAGAC